GUUUGACGUCAUUGUUCUUUUCACAAGGAAGUUGUCGUCAGUAUAAAUAAGUUCUCCAAACAUUCAUUUUUUAUCUUAGAGGUGAGAGGCAGCAUCUGAAGUCAUGCUUAUUUUCCGUUCCCUCGCUGUUCUUUGUCUGAUUGGUCUUCUGACAAUUGACCAAGCGGAAUCGUGGGGCCGGAGGCGUUCUUCUAGAUCAAGGUCUAGGUCCCGGACCAGUGGUUUGGGUAGAGCAAUAAAGGUUGCAGGCACUGUGAUUACAGUAGCUUCCAUGGCACGAAGAUUACGGGACAUGUUUAGGAGAGACAGAAAGCGAUCAGUAGAAAGCGAAAUACCUGAUAUAGAUAUCUGUAGAUUCAACACUCUUGAUUUGAACUUCGACAACAAUGUUAGCAAGGAUGAAUUUGCAACCUUGAUUCAAAGUACAGGACUAGUGGAGUUAGAAGACCUAUUUGAUAAACUGGACCAGAACAGUGGUGUGUAAAUUAGUCAGA